GUUACCUUUUGAAAGUGAAAAAUUUUUAAAGUAGUGAUUUUCAAUUUAUUUCUUAGGCCUAAGAGAAAUGUUAUUCAGGAUUGAAUCAUAUUUAGAAAAUUCGGCAUCUAAAAAUUAUAUAAUUUUUUUACAGACUGAAUUGGCUCUGGCCAAGAAUUACCCAGGGAAAAAAGUAUCCAGUACUAACAACACUCCAAUUCCAAGGCUGACCUCCAACCCAUCUCGAGUUGAUCGCUUAAUUGUGGAUGAACUUCGGGAACAAGCCAGAGUGGUGACUCUACUAGGCAAAAUGGAACGUCUUCGAAGUUCUCCCCUUCAUGCCAAUAUCUCUACUGCUCUUGAUAGACACUUGGAGUCCAUUCACAUUGUACAGUCACGUAGAAAGGAUGAAAUUGUUAAUGCAUCAAACAGGCAAAGGCAAGGAGUUCCUAGAUGCCAAGAUGACAGAGAUGUUUUUGCCCUUGCUUCAGCAAUUAAAGAGAUGUGUGUGGCUACUCGGAAAGCACGUACUACCCUGUGGUGUGCACUGCAGAUGACCUUGCCAAAAACAGCCAGUACACUUGGCCAAACAAAUGUGGAAAAGGCUUUACAAGAUAUAGUAAACUGUGAAGAUAAAGUCCAUGAAAACAUAAAUAGUAGCAAUCCAAUGAACCAGAGAGGUGAAGCAAACAAACAUUAAGGAAAUGCCAGCAGAAAGAAGAAUAAAAAGCUGAUAAGUAAAUGUAUCAAGACAUGCUAAAAAAUUUU